AACAUAUCUUGCAGGCUUUAGCCAUAUUUUUUGUGUUAAAACAUGUUCUUCCUCAAGCAAGCAGUCAUUGUGUCAGUUCUGGCUUUUUGUUGCUUGGAGACUCGGAGACUUUCGGCUGCCCAACUUUCUCAGGAUGAGGUGGAUGCUUUAAAUCAAAUUACCAAAAGAAUGGGAGCUGACGGCUGGAAUUUCAAUGUUGAUGCUUGUGGAGAUUCUGUCAAACCAACUUUACUGACAGAUCCUGAGAGGAAUAUAAGUUGCAAUUGUGAAUUUCCAAACAACACUUGCCACAUCACAGCCCUGAUAAUCAAGCGAUAUAGCCUUCCCGGAGAACUUCCACCUGAACUCGUCCGGCUCCCUUAUCUUGAAAGCAUAGAUUUUGCUUACAACUACCUGAAUGGUUCUAUUCCAAGUGAAUGGACUUCUCUGAAACUGAAAUCAAUUUCUCUUCUGGCAAACCGCUUAUCAGGGAAUAUACCAAGCUAUUUGGAGAACUUUACCAGUCUCACAUACUUGAACCUUGAGUUAAACCAAUUUUCAGGAACUGUCCCUCGGGAGCUUGGAAAGUUAGUUAACUUGGGAAAUUUGAUACUAUCUUCCAACCAAUUGACUGGAAAUUUGCCUAUGGAACUUGCUGAACUGAAAAACUUGACUGAUUUUCGGAUAAAUGAUAACAAUUUCAAUGGAAGCAUACCAGAUUUUAUACAAAACUGGAAGCAACUCAAGAGACUAGAAAUUCAAGCUAGUGGACUGGAAGGACCAAUUCCAUCAUCCAUUUCGGUUUUGGAAAAAUUAACAGAUUUGAGGAUUAGUGACAUAAAUGCAACAAAUCAAACUUUUCCUGAGCUGAGCAACAUAACAGGCCUCACAAGGCUGGUUUUGAGGAGUUGCAAUAUAUCUGGAGAAAUCCCUUUAUACAUCUGGCAAUUAAGUCGACUGCGAAUUUUGGAUCUAAGUUUUAAUAAGUUACAUGGGGAGCUUCCCGAUGCCAUAACAACAGAGACUUUGAUUUUUAUCUUCCUAAGUGGCAAUUUACUGAGUGGAAAUAUACCAUUAUUGAGGAAAGGAACAAAUGUAGAUCUUUCGUACAAUAACUUCACAAGGCAAAGUGCUGAGCAACCUGUUUGCAAGCAGACAGAUCUAAGUCUAAACUUAUUCCGAAGUUCUUCAACUGGAAAUGACCUAGGAGGAGCUUGUGCAAACAAUUUCAGUUGUGGUCAAUAUGGGCACUCUUGGUACAUAAAUUGUGGUGGAGAAGAAGUGAACAUAAAUGGAACAAAAUAUGAAGGAGAUGAAGCUAGUGGUGGUGCUGCACUGUUUGAUCCAAGUAAUGAUGAUUGGGGACUUAGCAGCACUGGAGAUUUCAUGGAUGACAAUGAUUUCCAAAACAAAGCUUACAUUGAAAAUUUACCAUCAUUAAACAUUGAUGAAUUGUACCGAACAGCUAGACUUUCACCUAUUUCACUCACUUAUUAUCAUCAAUGUCUCGAGAAUGGGAAUUAUACUGUUAGUCUACACUUUGCUGAGAUCCAGUUCACAAAUGACAGCAUGUAUAACAGCCUCGGAAGGCGCAUGUUUGAUAUCUUUAUUCAGAAUGAUAGAGUGGAGAAGGAUUUUGAUAUUGAAGUUAAAGCUAAUGGCGUUGCUAAACCAAUCAUAGAAAAGUAUAAUGCUACAGUAACAAAUAACAUCUUGGAAAUCCGCUUCUUUUGGGCUGGCAAAGGUACUACAAGAGUUCCUGUCAGUGGAGUCUAUGGCCCCCUUAUCUCAGCUAUUUCAGUAGUACAUCCUAACUUUGAACCCAGGUCAGGAGGGGGGAAGACAAAAAUUGCACCUAUUGUUGUUGGAGUAGUAGGUUCGUGUCUCAUUCUAUUAGCAUUGACUAUCAUUGUGUGGAGACGCUAUUUCAGAGUAAAGAACAAGACACAAAAAGAUUUUGAAAGACUAGAUAGCCAAACAGCUUCUUUCACCUUAAGGCAAAUUAGAGCUGCCACUAACAAUUUUGAUCCUGCCAACAAAAUUGGAGAAGGUGGAUUCGGACCGGUUUACAAGGGUUUGUUGUCUGAUGGCACUAUAAUUGCUGUGAAGCAGCUGUCAUCUAAGUCGAGUCAGGGAAAUCGUGAAUUCUUGAAUGAAAUAGGAAUGAUUUCAUGUUUGCAACAUCCAAAUCUUGUCAAACUUCAUGGUUGCUGCAUUGAAGGAAAUCAACUGCUAUUAGUAUAUGAGUACAUGGAAAAUAAUAGCCUAGCUCGCGUUUUGCUUGGCUCAGAACACUCCCAACUAAAAUUGGACUGGCAAACGAGGCAGAAGAUCUGUGUUGGGAUUGCUAGAGGAUUAGCUUUUCUGCAUGAAGAAUCAAGGCUCAAAAUUGUUCAUAGGGACAUCAAAGCUACCAAUGUUCUCCUUGAUAAGCAUUUGAACCCUAAAAUAUCUGACUUUGGGUUGGCUAAACUUGAUACAGAGGAAAAAACCCACAUCAGCACCAGAAUUGCUGGAACAAUAGGAUAUAUGGCACCAGAAUAUGCACUAUGGGGUUAUUUGACCCACAAAGCAGAUGUUUACAGCUUUGGAAUUGUUGCAUUGGAAAUUGUUAGUGGGAAGGGUAAUAUGAAUUAUGGACCAGAGAACAAUUUUGCUUGCCUUCUAGAUUGGGCCUGCCACUUGCAGCAAAAUGGAAACCUGAUGGAGCUAGUGGAUGAGAAACUUGGAUCUGAGUUCAACAAGGUAGAAGCAGAAAGGAUGAUUAAAGCUGCUCUCUUAUGCACAAAUGCUUCGCCUUCAUUAAGGCCAACAAUGUCUGAAGUUGUAAGGAUGUUAGAGGGAACUCAAACCAUACCAGAUUUGAUCCCUGAAGCAAGUAGUUACAAUGAAGACUUGAGGUUUAAAGCCAUAAGAGAGCAUAAAAAACAACUGAGAAGUCAGAGUACAAGAGGAAGUCAAGAUUCCAAUUCAACAUCAGUAGUAUCUGAGCAAGUUUCUUCCUCUGCUACUGCCCAUGGUUUAUAUGAAAUCAAUGAAGAGUCAUAUAUGAAUUCUAAGGCAAUAAAAGAUCAUCAUAAACAGAUGGAAAUCCAAGUUUCAACUUCAUUCUCCAUUACAGCCUCUUCCUCAGCAUCUGUUCAUGAUCUUCAUGGUUUCAACUCAAAUUCCCAAUGAUGCAGCUGUGAAAAAAGUAAUUUUUCCCCUGAGCUUUGUAUAUAGGACCACUCAACUUCAUAUAUAAACAAGAUUUUAAUUUGGACAGAAAUUCUAAACUGAAUAUAUUUA